AUGAUUGUUUGUGGUUGCGGCGGCGGCGGCGGCGGUGACGGCGACGGCGACGGUGGGUGGUAACAAAUUUCGCCCAGUACUGCGCUUUCUUGUCCAGAUGGAAUGGUCUUUGCACCCCGGUGAGUGCUGUGCACGAGGCAGUCGGCCAAGGCUUUGCCCGGCUGGGACAGUCGACUGACGCAUAGAACAAGCGAAUGAGGCCGACACUUGGGAACAGGGCAAAUCAGCUUACUGCUCUCUAUAAUAAAUCUGAAAUCGUCAGACCUACCACGGCGCGCCAACAGUCGUGGCUACAACGGUUUUCAACUGUCAGGAUAACUUGGUCGCCCAGAGAGAGGGGCCAGGGGAGGGGGUACUGUAGGGUAACUGGAGGACUGGUAGCCAGGCUGCUAUGGCAUCUUAAUGUACCUUUUUUGGCACCGCCGUUUAUGUAGGAUCAGAGCCGCCAUCACAGAAGCCGAGCGCAUUGUGUGUGGGGGUCAGACCGUGUGUGGCACGCGUAGACGGGCUGUUUAGUUUUGCCAGCCACUGCGUCCGCGCCCACCUUUGGCCGUCUAGACACUGUCUUGCCAUCGGAGUAAGAUGGGUGGAGGGGGGAGGAGCGAAAGCGGCGGAUGCGGCGAAAGUCGGUCUUUUUGACACUGUCGUUUAUGCAGUAUCAGAGUCGCCCUUGCAGAAGCCUGGUAUAUUGUGUGUGGCACGCGUAGACGGACGGUUUAGUUUUGCCAGCCACUGCGUCCGCGCGCACUUUUGGCCGUCUAGACACUGUCUUUCCAUCGGAGUUAGAUGGGUGGGGGUGAGGGAGCGAGUGCGGUGGAUGCGGCGAAAGUCAGCCGAACUAUCUAUUCUUCAAGUCGCCGGUGCCACGGCCAUUCCGCGUGGCGCACGGUGGACACCCUCGCUUUCGGCGACCAAGUUGUCGUUUUCUCUUCUUGGGCGCGCCUCAACUUACGUGCACAGGGCGAUAGGGACGAGAACACUCAACAAUUUCUGCACCCUUCAAGAAUAACUUUCAGGAUGGUCUAUUUUCCUUUGCGAAUGUUAAAAGUCGUAAUGGUGACUAAAUGGACUAUUAAACGUUCAAUCAGCGCCUCUCCAUUGGUCUUCGCAAGCAUUUUGGACGAUUGAAUAGGCACCUUGGUAGCGACGUAUUGCCAUCUGGAACCAUAUUGUCGACCGAAGCUUCGGAGGGGGGAUGACUUAAUCUUCACCAUCGCUGUUCACGCCAUUAUUAAUUCUGCGUAAACAUUUAGGCGCUUUUUCCCGUCGUCUUACCGUCAUGACCAUUUGUUUUUCGUUUCAACGUAAGUCCACCACCCACCAGGGACUUUUUCCGGUCAUUUACACACGCUUAAAUCUUCCUUUGCACAAGAAUUAAUAGAGAAACUAGCUUCAACUCCGAUUACAUUCUAUCCUUAACCACAGAAUGCCUGUCCGUUUAAUCCGCAGGUGCGGCUCUGAGUGGUGCCGGCGAGCCCUCCGAGCUGCAGGCUGUGCUUGAGGAGAUGGACAUUCCCAAGCGCCUGCACCUUUCUCUCAACCUCGUCAAAAAGGAGUACGAGUUGGGCCGGCUGCAGCAGCAGAUUGGCAAGGAGGUGGAGGAGAAGGUGAAACAGCAGCAUCGACGUUACAUGCUGUCAGAGCAACUGAAGGUCAUCAAGCGCGAACUGGGCAUGGAGAAGGAUGACAAGGAUGCCAUCGCGGAGAAGUUUCGUGCCAGGCUCGCGGUAGGUCGCACAUCCACCUCCCUCCCUCCUCACCUCCUCCCUCACUCUGCAGUCAUGCCGUCUGCCUCGUUUUCGGCGCCAUAG